AUGCGCCUUCAAAAUUUCUUGGCGCUCGCAGCGUCGCUUGGUUUAGCCUCUAGUAACGAGGUACUAGACGAGCGGGCUGCGAAGUGCGGCAUCAAAGGAAACCGUAUCCUCCCUGCCUAUUGGGAUACAACCCAAGCAAGCUUUACAGUACCAGCUCAAUGUGGUGCCUUGUGCACAUCACAACUUCUAUGCCAGAGCUAUGCAGUAGAAGAUGGCCACUGCCGUCUAUACCUGCUACCUGUCAAUACACUCCUAGCGCACAUCUUAUCCGGCAACAAUACUUUCUAUGACAGAGGAUGUGCUACUAGCACGAACAUAUGCCAGGUCAACGGCUUCAGGUCGUUGCUCAACCAAGCCUUCACAUCUUCUAACAAGAUCGCCGACAACAGCUUCAACGGAUGUUCUGCCCUCUGUAAAAAGACAUCAGGUUGCACAAGCUUUUCCAUCGAACUCGCAACUGGGGGUAAAUGUCGCCUGUACAAGAAUGCCUUGGUUAAGGAUUUCACUCCAGACCCGUACAACCUGAACAUCUACUGGGAUAUCAAUUGUCCUCGGGAUGUCGCAAGUCCGGGACCUGUACUGGAUACUUCCACACCAGCUACUACCAUUCCCUCGAUCACCACUGAGGCAAUAGUAACAUUCGCGCCGGCCGAAACCCCUACCGCGCUGGUAACCAACGACCCACCAUACACUCCAACCGGUCCCCAAGUGACGCCAGAUGAUGACGAUGAAUUCAUCUCGACGUACACAUACGAGGAGUUCCAACUCCCUACUGUAGUUGCGGAAGGAGCGCCUCCAAUCACGACGGGUAUCGGUCAGCCCACCGACAUCCCAACGGCACCAUGUCUAGUGCAGACAGGAUCGGCAGCACAAUUCAGCGUCCUGAACGAGAAUUUCAUACCAAUGGUCAGCCGAACAUCAAGCUCCAUCGGGCCUCUACAACAACCCACCAAAGCCCCAGCAGCGGGCGACCCUCUUCUCGACCCGGAGACCCUAGUCCUACCCGCUUUCUACCUACAGCCCAUCUCCGGCGUGUCCAACGUAUACGAUCUAGUCUACGCCGGUUCCUCAACACCUCAAUACGUCGCUAUGACCAACACGGGCAACGUCGUACUCGUCAGCGCAUCCACGGGAACAAGCUUCAAGAACAACCGCGUAACCACAAUCUUCAGCGUAGACUGUUACGGACGCAUCAGCGUCUCGCAGGGUGGAUCGAAGUACACGUGGAGCACAGACGGAUCAACAAGUCGAUUCGUCAAGGCAACCACGCCCGCGAACAAUAUGAAAGCGCUCCCUGUCAACAUCCCCGAAGUCCAAAGUGCGCUUAAGCACCGCCGUCGCAACAAGGAACUCGCGGCGCGCCUAAUGAAGCGUUCAUACUCCGACGGUCCAGCGCCAAAGUGUCCGGCUUCGCCUCCGGCCCUAGUAGCCGGGACCAAAGCAGGGUAUAAAUACGGCGAAGGCAAUUUCUGCGACAACCUGAGCGACUACUGGUCCCUCAGCCCAUUCGAUUUCGACGGGUCCUGCGCGGUGCAGAGUCUUUGCUAUGACCAGUGCAAGGAUUUCGGUUGGCAGAGCUGCAAUGGCAUUUUCGGCACUAUGAUGAUUCUCUCGUGUCUGGAUGCUUUUGAUAGUUGGUGGGAGGUUAUACCGGCUGUUGCGUGUGCUGCGCAAGCGGGGUACUUCACUGGUGUUGCUGCGACAAAGACGGGUCGUGAUCUCUUUUAUAAGGCGCAGGGUUCUAUGUGCCGAUGCUUUUGCUCUAGCCCGCCUGAUACGUGUGUUUACAGCAGCGGCGACUUCUACUGUGCCGAUAUCCACGGCAGCGAUGAUUCGAACUGUGGUAACUGUGGAAGACAGUGUGGUCCGAACUCAAAGUGCCGAAGUGGAAAGUGUGGAUGCCCCAGGGACCAGUGCGGCAGUACAUGUCUAGACUUCCGCAACAACCCCAACAACUGCGGUUCUUGCGGUAACGUCUGUAACCCAUCGUACUGUCUCGAUGGUCGAUGCUACGUCCCGCAGCCAGGCGACUGUGUACCUGAGCAGAGCGUCACCAAUAACGACUUCACCACUUGGUAUCCAAGCAUCGUCAAUUGGACUAUGGCAGCCUACCCGACUUGUACCAUAGGAGACAAUAUCGAGUUUUCCGGCACCCAUUAUAUAGCUAAUGGUGGUAGUGACCCAGCUGUUUUGGUGGAAAUGACAAACUUGCCAAACGAUGGUUGCCAUGCGGCUAUGGUCCAGAGCCAAGUCAAGAUGUGCCCUGGGAUCCAGUAUGAAUUUACCUUUGCCAUGGGUUAUGUCAACAAGGUCGGAGAUAGUAUGGUAACUAGCAACGCCGACUGUACGGUACGAUGGUUGACCGGAACGCCUACUACCUGGACUGGCAGUGACAACUUUCAAUCUUCAGAUACUUACCAGAUUGGAGUCAAUCACGCCAACUAUAAGACAUUCGGACCGUGGACCCUUCAUGUAUCGGAGGGUGAGACAGGCGUAACGAAGGUGAAGAAGAGUCUUUACGUCAACCUGACAGCGGUGAUCCACUGCGGUAAUGCGAAUGGUGGCGCUGGAAGAUUCAUCAUUAGAGAUAUUCAGAUGAACCCGGUCGGAUCGCUGAAGGCCAGGUCCCCAACAAUCGGGGACGUGAAGGAGGACCCCAUCCUGCAAAGACGCGACUCUGCUACGAAUAUUACGGCGGAACUGGAACCAUAUUAUCCAGAUCAGAAGAAGGGCGAGGUACUCUUGACCAGCUUCACGACAAAUGCCACGAAAAGAGAUGAAGAGUCUAUAUUUUAGACUGAUUUGAUUGGGAUAUGUAACGAAU